UUUGAAUUUGCAUCUCUUCAAGACACAAGAUUAAACCCAAUUCACGUUAAAUUGGAUUUCAAAUUGUCUUCCUUUCAUUUAUCCUUCGUUUUUCUUAUGUGGAUAUGCAAGCGAGAAGAGAAGACUGGACAUUCUCAACAUGCUUACUCCCUUAAUCUGUGCGUCUAGAGGUUUGGCUUCUACAAACCAAGGGAGUCGACGAGUUGAAGAUGAAGCUCAGAGCAGAGUGCUGUUCUCCCAAGUUCUGGUUGGUGUUGGCUGUCCUGGCUGUGUCAGGCAGCAGAGCUCGCUCCCAGAAGAGCGCCCCCAGCAUUGGCAUCGCUGUCAUCCUCGUGGGCACUUCCGACGAGGUGGCCAUCAAGGAUGCCCACGAGAAAGAUGAUUUCCACCAUCUCUCCGUGGUGCCGCGCGUGGAGCUGGUUGCCAUGAAUGAGACUGACCCAAAGAGCAUCAUCACCCGCAUCUGUGAUCUCAUGUCUGACAGGAAGAUCCAGGGGGUGGUGUUUGCCGACGACACAGACCAGGAAGCCAUCGCCCAGAUCCUUGACUUCAUCUCUGCCCAGACUCUCACCCCCAUCCUGGGCAUCCAUGGGGGCUCCUCUAUGAUAAUGGCAGACAAGGAUGAAUCCUCCAUGUUCUUCCAGUUUGGCCCCUCCAUUGAACAGCAAGCCUCUGUGAUGCUCAACAUCAUGGAGGAGUAUGACUGGUACAUCUUUUCUAUCGUCACCACCUACUUCCCCGGCUACCAGGACUUUGUCAACAAGAUCCGCAGUACCAUCGAGAAUAGCUUCGUGGGCUGGGAGCUAGAGGAAGUCCUCUUGCUAGACAUGUCCCUGGAUGAUGGAGACUCUAAGAUCCAGAACCAGCUCAAGAAACUGCAGAGCCCCAUCAUCCUUCUUUAUUGCACUAAGGAAGAAGCCACCUACAUCUUCGAGGUGGCCAACUCGGUUGGGCUCACUGGCUAUGGCUACACGUGGAUUGUGCCUAGUCUGGUGGCAGGAGACACAGACACUGUCCCCUCGGAGUUCCCUACCGGGCUCAUCUCUGUGUCCUAUGAUGAAUGGGACUAUGGCCUCCCCGCCCGGGUGAGAGACGGAAUUGCCAUCAUCACCACCGCUGCUUCCGACAUGCUGUCUGCACACAGCUUCAUCCCCGAACCCAAGAGUAGUUGUUACAACACCCACGAGAAAAGAAUCUACCAGUCCAACAUGCUGAAUAGAUAUCUCAUCAAUGUCACUUUUGAAGGGAGAAAUCUGUCCUUCAGUGAAGAUGGCUACCAAAUGCACCCAAAACUGGUGAUCAUCCUGCUGAACAAGGAGAGGAAGUGGGAGAGGGUGGGGAAGUGGAAAGACAAGUCCCUGCAGAUGAAGUACUACGUGUGGCCCCGGAUGUGUCCGGAGACCGAAGAGCAGGAAGAUGACCACCUGAGCAUCGUCACCUUGGAGGAGGCCCCGUUUGUCAUUGUGGAGAGUGUGGACCCUCUGAGCGGGACCUGCAUGAGGAACACAGUCCCCUGUCAAAAACGCAUCGUCACUGAGAAUAAAACAGAUGAGGAGCCAGGUUACAUCAAGAAAUGCUGCAAGGGGUUCUGUAUUGAUAUCUUGAAGAAAAUUUCUAAAUCUGUGAAGUUUACCUAUGACCUUUACCUGGUGACCAAUGGGAAGCACGGCAAGAAAAUCAAUGGCACCUGGAAUGGUAUGAUCGGAGAGGUGGUCAUGAAGAGGGCCUACAUGGCGGUGGGCUCGCUCACGAUCAACGAGGAGCGCUCCGAGGUGGUUGACUUCUCCGUGCCCUUCAUAGAGACUGGCAUCAGCGUCAUGGUGUCACGCAGCAAUGGGACCGUCUCACCUUCUGCCUUCCUGGAGCCCUUCAGUGCUGACGUGUGGGUCAUGAUGUUUGUAAUGCUGCUCAUCGUCUCGGCUGUGGCUGUCUUCGUCUUCGAGUACUUCAGCCCUGUGGGUUAUAACAGGUGCCUCGCUGAUGGCAGAGAGCCCGGCGGCCCAUCCUUCACCAUUGGCAAAGCUAUUUGGCUGCUCUGGGGCCUGGUGUUCAACAACUCCGUCCCUGUGCAGAACCCAAAGGGAACCACCUCCAAGAUCAUGGUGUCCGUGUGGGCCUUCUUCGCUGUCAUCUUCCUGGCCAGCUACACUGCCAACUUAGCUGCCUUCAUGAUCCAAGAGGAGUAUGUGGACCAGGUGUCUGGGCUGAGCGACAAAAAGUUCCAGAGACCUAAUGACUUCUCACCCCCUUUCCGCUUCGGGACUGUGCCCAAUGGCAGCACAGAGAGGAACAUCCGCAAUAACUAUGCAGAAAUGCAUGCCUACAUGGGCAAGUUCAACCAGAGGGGCGUGGAUGACGCACUGCUCUCUCUGAAAACAGGGAAACUGGACGCUUUCAUCUACGAUGCCGCCGUGCUGAACUACAUGGCAGGCAGAGACGAAGGCUGCAAGCUGGUGACCAUUGGCAGCGGGAAGGUCUUUGCUUCCACUGGUUACGGCAUUGCCAUCCAGAAGGAUUCUGGGUGGAAGCGGCAGGUGGACCUGGCUAUCCUGCAGCUCUUUGGCGAUGGGGAGAUGGAGGAGCUGGAAGCACUCUGGCUCACGGGCAUCUGCCACAACGAGAAGAACGAGGUCAUGAGCAGCCAGCUGGACAUCGACAACAUGGCUGGGGUCUUCUACAUGCUGGGGGCAGCCAUGGCCCUCAGCCUCAUCACCUUCAUUUGCGAGCACCUUUUCUAUUGGCAGUUCAGGCAUUGCUUUAUGGGUGUCUGUUCCGGCAAGCCUGGCAUGGUCUUCUCUAUCAGCAGAGGUAUCUACAGCUGCAUCCACGGGGUGGCGAUCGAGGAGCGCCAGUCCGUGAUGAACUCCCCUACCGCCACCAUGAACAACACCCACUCCAACAUCCUGCGCCUGCUUCGCACCGCCAAGAACAUGGCCAACCUGUCCGGGGUGAACGGCUCGCCGCAGAGCGCCCUGGACUUCAUCCGCCGCGAGUCCUCCGUCUACGACAUCUCUGAGCACCGCCGCAGCUUCACGCACUCAGACUGCAAAUCUUACAACCCGCCCUGCGAGGAGAACCUGUUCAGCGACUACAUCAGCGAGGUGGAGAGGACUUUUGGCAACCUGCAGCUAAAGGACAGCAACGUGUACCAAGACCACUACCACCACCACCACCGCCCCCACAGCAUCGGGAGCGCCAGCUCCAUUGACGGGCUCUACGACUGUGACAACCCACCCUUCACCACCCAGCCCAGGUCCAUCGGCAAGAAACCCCUGGACAUCGGUCUCCCCUCGUCCAAGCACAGCCAGCUCAGCGACCUCUACGGCAAGUUUUCCUUCAAGAGCGACCGCUACAGUGGCCACGACGACCUGAUCCGCUCCGACGUGUCCGACAUCUCCACGCACACCGUCACCUACGGCAACAUCGAGGGCAACGCGGCCAAGAGGCGGAAGCAGCAGUACAAGGACAGCCUCAAGAAGCGGCCGGCCUCGGCCAAGUCCAGGCGCGAGUUCGACGAGAUCGAGCUGGCCUACCGCCGCCGGCCGCCUCGCUCCCCGGACCACAAGCGCUACUUCAGGGACAAGGAGGGGCUGCGGGACUUCUACCUGGACCAGUUCCGCCCCAAGGAGAACUCCCCGCACUGGGAGCACGUGGACCUGACCGACAUCUACAAGGAGCGGAGCGAUGACUUCAAGCGCGACUCGGUCAGCGGAGGCGGCCCCUGCACCAACAGGUCCCACCUCAAGCAUGGGGCAGGCGACAAGCACAGCGUGGUCAGCGGGGUGCCGGCCCCCUGGGAGAAGAACCUGACCAACGUGGACUGGGAGGACCGCUCCGGGGGCAACUUCUGCCGCAGCUGCCCGUCAAAGUUGCACAACUAUUCCCCCUCGGUGGCCGGGCAGAACUCGGGCCGGCAGGCGUGCAUCCGCUGUGAGGCAUGCAAGAAGGCGGGGAACCUAUACGACAUCAGCGAGGACAACUCGCUGCAGGAGCUGGACCAGCCGGCCGCCCCGGUGGCCGUGACGUCCAGCGCCUCCACCGCCAAGUACCCCCAGAGCCCGACUAACUCCAAGGCCCAGAAGAAGAACCGGAACAAGCUACGCCGGCAGCACUCCUAUGACACCUUCGUGGACCUGCAGAAGGAAGAAGCCGCCUUGGCCCCACGCAGCGUGAGCCUGAAGGACAAGGGCCGGUUCCUGGACGGGAGUCCCUACGCCCACAUGUUCGAGAUGCCAGCCGGUGAGAGCACCUUUGCCAACAACAAGUCCUCAGUGCCCACUGCCGGACACCACCACCAUAACAACCCCGGCGGCGGUGGCUACAUGCUCAGCAAGUCGCUCUACCCCGACCGGGUCACGCAAAACCCUUUCAUCCCCACUUUUGGGGACGACCAGUGCUUGCUCCACGGCAGCAAAUCCUACUUCUUCAGGCAGCCCACGGUGGCGGGGGCGCCGAAAGCCAGGCCAGACUUCCGUGCCCUCGUCACCAACAAGCCGGUGGUCUCGGCCCUCCAUGGAGCGGUGCCAGGCCGUUUCCAGAAAGACAUCUGUAUAGGGAACCAGUCCAACCCCUGUGUGCCUAACAACAAAAACCCCAGGGCUUUCAAUGGCUCCAGCAAUGGGCAUGUUUAUGAGAAACUUUCUAGUAUUGAGUCUGAUGUCUGAGUGAGGGGAAGAGAGAGGUGAAGGUGGGUACGGGAGGGUCUGGCUGUGGGCGUGUGGUGCGCAUGUCACGGAGGGUGACAGGGCUGAACUUGGUUCCCAUUUGCUCCUUUCUUUUUUAAUUUAUUUCUGGGAUCCUGGAGUUCUGAUUCCUUCCAAGGGCAACCCUAGUGACCUGCACCGGCUUUCCUCCUCCCCCUUCCCUCCUCUUGCCCCUACCCCACCCCGCCUGUCGCUCAUUCCUGUCCCCAGGAGAGGACACAGGGGCUUGUCCAUCCGGAAGGCCCAGUGGAGAAAGGGCAGUACACUGCAUCGCAGGCCCCCUCCUAGCAGGAAGGACUCCUGGCCACCACUGGGUGAAGCAAGGAGAAGCAGGAGGCAGCCACAGGAGCACAUGACAGCUCUCCCCCAGCUGACCUUUAGGUAUAGGUGAGGACCCGAAAGCACCUAAAAACGAACACUUAGCACACGGCUGGUGAAUGAGAGAGGCUCGUGCUAAAUGCUGGCUGCUUCGAUGGCAUGUUUAGGGGUCGUAUGCCCAGUCCUGGGGGGAGGUGGGCCAUGUGUGUUUAUAUAUAAGCCAACAGCGGGUCUGAUUCCAUCCCCUAAGACUCACAUGUGCUAAACUGGAAUGAAACACCGGUGGGUGACGGCAAGUGCGUCAGAGCCGUGUUCGUUCUGUGUGCCAUGGGGACAAGAGGAUGGACUACCUGAGCGUCCACACAUUUGCACAAGUGGGGUCACAGGCCUUCGGUGUGGGAAGGCACCCUUGACUCACUGCUGCUGCUUCCAACACUCCUAAGCCAUGUGCUUGUUUGGCUUAUAUACAAACAGAGAUGGUCGUGUGGGACCCGGGCGUUGGCUGCUUCUCCCCUUGAUCCUUCCUGACUGAGGAGAAUGCAAGUUCUUGACAGAGACAUCUGUGGUCUCGACAGACAGGAAGGACAGUCCUGCAAGAAGGAACAGAAACCGUGCUCUGUGGUUGCACAUAUUUUCAACCGAUUUUGGCCAAGAACUUCCCAGGGAGGAGAAAGGGUCUAGAAGCAGCCAUGAUUCUUUUUUUGCCCACUCUUAGGAGCAAAGGAUUCUCGAAAGCUCUUUUGAGCUUUGGCCUGGAGCUAGGACUUCUAAGAACAGGGGAGUGACCUCAGAGUAGGGUAAGUGAGAGAGGGGGAUGUUUUUCAAUGCUUUGAUCCCUUCUUACUUAGCCCGGAGCUGGGAUAGCAGGUCUGUUUCCCCAGAAUGGAAUACAGCUGCUAGGGAACCGUGGCGAGGACCGAGCUUG